CUCCCUGAGCCGAGGCUGAGAGAUCUUUAAAGAGUUGUUGGAGGAAGGUUGUAGAACAGGUGGAUGUGAUCACAGCCAGGAGCUGAGCAUAGCAGAUCUUGGGGGCUGAUCUUCAUCUCUUUGAACAAUGACAGGAGACACGGGAGUUCGCUGUUUUCAGGUCGUCCUCAUUUUUGGCAAUGUGGUAAUUGGGCUUGCCGGACUCGCCUUGACAGCGGAGUGCAUCUUUUUCGUGACAGACCAGGAACGUCUCUACCCAUUGCUUUAUGCCACUGGUAACGAUGACCUCUUUGCGGCUGCCUGGAUUGGUAUCUUCACUGGCUUCUGCUUCUUCCUGCUUGCCAUCUUGGGUAUUAUUGGCAUCAUGCAAUCCAACAGGAGGAUUUUAAUGGCGUAUAUAAUCCUGAUGUUUAUCGUCUUUUGCUUUGAAAUGGCCUCUUCGAUCACUGCAGCAACACAAAGGGACUUUUUCACAAUCAAUCUUUUCCUGAGGCAAAUGCUGGAAUACUACCAGAACCCCGGUUUAGAGAACGGCGACCAGCAGAUUAAGGCCCAGGGCGUAACCAGAACAUGGAACUAUCUCAUGCUUAUGAAGCAGUGCUGUGGUGUGAACAGCCCCUUGGACUGGCAAGUAUAUAACUCCACGUUUCGGACCGUCAACAGUGACUCCGCCUUCCCCUGGCCUCAGCAGUGCUGCGUCAUGAACAAUCUAGGACAACCUGUGAGCCUUGAUGGAUGCAAGCUGGGCAUUUCGGGAUACCUCAACCAAAAUGGCUGUUACGACUUGAUUGCUGGCCCAUUGAAUCGCCAUGCCUGGGGUAUUUGUUGGUUCGGAUUUGCAAUUCUGUGCUGGACGUUCUGGGUGCUGCUCGGAACCAUGUUCUACUGGACCAGAAUCGAAUGUUAAGAUCUUGCUGCUGCCGCCGCCUCCUCUGACAACUUUUUAGAAAUACCCGCCAUCACUAGGCCAAUACGGAAGACGGGAGCUAAAUACCCCACCCCAGAUCACUCUGACUUGUUCUGACUAAUGAAGUAUUGGCCAAAGGACUUGUGGGGACAGGGGUUAUUCUACGCUACCCAUCGCAUGAUGCAGAAACUUUCAAUUUUGGAGUCUUCUGUCCAUUUAUUUGGGAUUUUUUUUUUUUUUUUGUGUAUGUAUGUAUAUAUAAUAAUGCCGACAUGUAAACACCCCUAUCCAAAAUUAAGAUGCACCUGAUAAUGUCUGGAAGCUGUGAACAUUUAGAAUUAAAUGUAUUCUAUAAUGCAAGA